CGAGAACCCUAACCGGAGGACACGGCGGCUUUAAAGGGGGACACCGGAAACUGGUUCCCUCCCACCGGAAUCUCCUUGGGUCACUGAGACGGGAGAUGUUUUAAUAAUAUACGAAGCUCAGGCAGUUUUUGGAGAGACGUCGCGAUGAAUGUGUCUGUCUCGGUUCCCUGAGAUGCUGGGGACGCUUCCUGUGGGAAAUGUGAGGGAGCCGCGCCUUUGCUUCCAGGAAAGCCAGUCAGCGACGACAUUCAAAGGGAAGCUCGAGUGGAGCGCCUCUCCUGCCAGCUUGUCCCUCAAUUUAUAAUUUCCUGCUGAUAGAGGAGCUUAUGAAAAUGUUCCCUCAACUACAACGCUGUUGCUCCCAAAUUCCUUUGAAGAUAGCCUGUGUUCAAAGACUUCCACAGCCAGGAAGGACUCAAGCUGUCUGCUCUCCUAUCCCCUUCAAAGGUGGCCCAAGUCUCCUGCCAAAAUUGCAGGUAUUAAAGCAGACAUCGGCUUGUAUGAUCAAGGUACAGCAUUUCCAUUGCUCCUUCUGCAACUGGAAGAAAAAGAAGCUUCCAGAGCCCGAACCUCGCAAGCUGGACUUGUUAAGAUAUGACAUGCCAUCACUCAAGGACUCACCAAAGGCUGCCUUUUAUUUGGGAUUUGCAGGAUUGAUUCCAUUUGUUUCAAUACCAUUGUUCAUGUCUAUGCAGGAGGCCUAUUAUCCAGAGCUAGCAUUUGCUCAGAUUGCAUAUGGUGCCUCUAUACUCUCUUUUCUUGGAGGAAUCAGGUGGGGAUUUACUCUUCCAGAAGGCAGCCCUGAAAAACCUGACUGGUUUACUCUGAGUAACAGUGUUGUUCCUUCAUUAUUGGCCUGGUUUGCAUUGCUUUUCAAAGAUGAAACCACUGUGGCUGGAACCAUGGUUAUAGUUGGCUUAGGAAUAGCCCUGCAUUAUGAUCUGGCCCUCUUUCCUACCUAUCCCCGCUGGUUCAAAGCUUUGAGAGCUGUCUUAACUAUAAUAGCUGUAGGUUCAUUGGGUACCACAUUAUAUGUUGUCAACACUUAUCCAGAGAAGCACUUAAUUGAAAAUGCAAAUGGAAUUAAAGAAUCAAAAUAAAUGAGCAAAAAAUACAAUGACUAUUGCAAGAGAGGGGAAUCACUCAACAUUUACAAGAUUCAAUUGCAUAAAUUUGAAUUUUGGCUCUACAAGGAAGACUACUAUGAGAGAAAAUGGUUGCUGAAUUUCUCUGCUUCUGAAUGUAAAGCUGUGGAAGAAAAGAGGUAGAAGGUAACUACUAAAGGCCCAAGAGGAACUUUGCACAUUAGAAAAUACAGCUAUGGCAUGCGUCUGCUAGAAUAGAAUUCUAGUGUCUAGGCUGCCAAAUUCUGCAUACUUAAGAAUAUGCCCCUUAAAUUCAGAAAUACUUAUUUGUGAGAAUUAGGUUGUAAGACACAAUUAUUUAGAAGUAAAUUAAAUUAGUUUUAUACUUGAACCCUUUAGAGAUUCAUCUCUAGCCAGCAUGAAGUUUUAAGUAACGAGAUAUUUCUGAGAAAAUGACCUGGCAUUAAAAGAAAAACCCUACUACUGAUGUGUAUGAUUUUUUAAAAACAUGUUCAUAGCUCAAUGUAUUUUCAUUAUAUGUUUUAUAAUAUUUUGAUGCCAAAGAUAUGCAUUUAAGUAUUUACUCUUUUUUGUAGAUUAUUUGUUUACUGUGUUGAUGAAGGCUUUCAUGGCCGGAAUCAUAGGGCUGUUGUGUGUUUUCCGGGCCAUACAGCUCAGAAAACACACAGCAACCGUUAGUUGUUUACCUUUCAUAUUUAGUUUCAUUUUUUUGUGCAGGAUGUUGAUUGCCUUGCUAAAUUUUUAAAAAGAAAAGUAUAAAUGCAAAACCAGAGCACAUGCUUACAGAUGCCUUUAAAAGAUGUUUAACUGGACACUUUAAUGAUGAAGAUAGGGGAGGAAGAUGGGCUAAUCACAAUGAACUAAACAUCUAUGUGCUUGGAUCCUCAACUACUAGGAUACCAAUAAUGACUUAACAUCUACCAGGACUAUUUAUUAAACAGUUUCAAGAUAAUACAUUUGCUCUAACCAGCAUUGAACCAAACAUGACUUUUACUUGGACCGAA